AUGGAGAAAUUUCUUUUUUUUCUUUUCAUUGUCUUUUCAAAAGAAAAAAUCAGUUUUUCAUCUUUUGGUUUUUUUCUUUUUCUUUCUUUUUCUUCUUUGUCUUUUUCUAUUUUCUUUCUUUUUCUCUUUUUUUUUCUUUUUUCUUUUCGUUCCAUUUUUUUCUUUUUUUUUCUUUCUUUUUUUUCUUUCUAUCGUUUUUCCUUUUCAUUUUUUCAACUUUCUUUCUUUCUUUCUUCUUCUUCUUUUUCCUUUCUUUUCUUUUUUCUUUUUCUUUUUCUUUCUUUUUUCUUUUUCUUUUCUUUCUUUUUUUCUUUUCUUUUUCUUUCUUUUCAUUUUUCUUUUCUUUUCUUUUCUUUUUUUCUUUCUAAUGCUGUCCUGUCACAUUUGUUUUUAGCCUUUGUUUUCUUUUUUUUUUUUGACUUAUUCUCCUCCUGUCUCUCUUUUUGUCAUUCUUUUCAAUACAUAUAUUCUUUUGCCCCUUUAUCAUCAUCCUUCCAUUUCUUCCUUCCUAUUCAUCUUUCUCCUUCUUUGUUUCCUCAUCAAUCUUUUCAUUCUUCGUUCCCCGCCAUCUCUCUUCCUCAUUCAUUACCUUACCAUCUUCUUCUCAUUCUUCAUUUUUGUUUUACAUCUCAUUCUUUUGCACCCCUUCCAUCUCCUUCUCAUUUCUUCCUUCAUCUCUCUUCCAUUCGAUUUUCCCCCUCACUUCUUCUCAUUCUUCUUCCUUCCCAUGUUUAUCAUUCUUUUCCUUCCCUUUUUCUUCCUUUUCUUUUCUCCAUUUCCUUCAUCUCUUCUUCCUCUUCCUUCCAUAAUCUUCUCUUUUUCCUUCUUUUUCUUCCCCAUCAUCUCUUUUCUUUUCCUUCCUUUCCUUCCUUUCUUUCUCUUCUUUGUCCUUUUCUUUCCUUCAAAUUUUCUUCCUCUCCAGUUUCCCCCUUCCUGAAAAAAUCCUUCCUUUCUCCCUUUUUCUCUUCUUUUUUUUUCAUUUUCUCUAUUUUUCUUGUUCUUCCUACCUCCUUAACCGUUUUUUUUUGCACCAUUUUACAAAGCUUUUCUUUUUUUCUUUUUUCUCCCUUGCCUCUCUCUCAUUUCCUUUCUGUUUUCGAAGUUGUCAUCCUUUCAUUCUUCUUAAAGCUGUUGAUGUUCCAUUUGUGUUUUUUAUACUUCGUUCGAUUCCUUUUUGCAUCAGACAAUUCUUCCUUAAUCGGACUAAUUUUUAUUAUUUCAUCGAUCAGAUUCUUCUUUCCUUUUAUUCUGUUUCUGUUUCUUUCUUUUUUUCCAUUUUCCUUCUUUCUAUUUCCAUUCUUUUUUUCUUCUCAUUUAUUCUUUCCUUUCUCCUUUUCUGCCUCUCUAUAUUUUCCUUUCUUCUACCUUCAUUUUUCAUUCAUCGUCCAUCAUUCCAUUUUCCUAUUUAGGUUUUUCUUUCUUUUUCACUUCAGACUUCCUUCUUUUUCCUUCUUCUGUUUCUUGUUUUUUGCUUUUCACUUUACAUUUUUUUUACCCCUAGCUUUCUUCCUUCUAUCUUAUUUCCUUCAUUUUCCUUUUCUUUCUCUUUUUUCCUUCAUUUCUUUUCCUUUUUCUUUUCUUCAUUUUGCCUUCUUUUUUUUUUUUCCUUCUUUUCCUUUUUCCUUUUCCUUCCAUUUUCCUUCAUUUCAUUCUCCUUUUCCUUCACAUCAUCCUUUUUUUCCUUCAUUUCUUUCCAUUUUUCCCUUUUCUUCUUUCCUUCUACCUUCACUCUUUCCUUCAUUUCUUUUCCUUCCUUUUCCUUCCAUUCCUUCUCUUCCACUUUUCUUUUUUCUUUUUUCCUUCAUUCCAUUUUUCCAUCAUCCCAUUUUCCUUCCAUUCCCCUUUUUAUUCAUUCCAUUUUCCUUCUUCUCUUUUCCUUCUUUUCUUCCUUCAUUUUCUUCCUUCAUUCCUUCUUUCUUCUUCCUUUUCUUUCCAACAUUCCCUUUCCUUCUUCUUCCGCUUUUCCUUCAUUUUCCUUCCCAUUCAUUCUUCCUUUUCCUUCCUUCCUUCUUCCUUCAUUCCGUUUUCCUUCAUUCUUCCUUCAUUCCUUUUCCUUCAUUCCGUUUCCUUCUUCUUUCCUUCUUUCCCUUUCCUUCUUUUUCCAUUUCUUCCUUCCCUUCUUCCUUCAUUCUUCCUUUCCUUCUUCCCCUUUUCCUUCAUUCCUUUUUUCAUCCAUUCCACUUUUCUUUCAUUCCAUUUCCUUCAUUCCCCUUUUCCUUCAUUCUUUUUUCCCUUCAUUUCAUGUUCCUUUCCUUCAUUCCUUCCCCCUUCGUUUCCUUCAUUCUUUUUCAUUUAUUACCUUCUUCAUCCUUCUUCAUUUUCUUCCCUUUGAAAUCAUCCUUCCAUUUUUGCCUUCCUUUCCUUCGACGUGUCCUUCCAUGUUUCCUUCUUCUUCAUCCUUCCAUUUCUUCUUUUCCAUCAUUUCUUUUAAUUUUUCUUCACUAUUUACAUUCAUUCACAUUCAUCAUCCUUUCCAUUUUCGGUCCAUCAGCUUUUAUCAGGCAUUCCUUUUCUUCCAUCUUUAGGAAUUUAUGUACAUUUCUUCCAUUCUUUUUGUUCCUUCUUCUUUCCUUCUUUCUUCCUUCCCAUUUCCUUCCAUCUUUUGUUCUUUACUUUUGA